GAAGUGGAGCCGUGAUGUUGUAACGAGCACCCCUUAGCCUUCCCCGCUCGCUGCCGCGUCUCGCUCACUCGAUACGGUUCCGUUGUGAUGGCGAUGUGCUGUGUCCAGCCUGCGCGCCCGCCCGCCCGCCUCUCUUUAGCUGAGCGAUGUCCGCGAAGACCCCCGUCCAUCGCGUGACGCCCGACCCUGAGCGAAUGACUACCGUUCCCGAAAUACGCGAGUACCUGGCGGGAACCUGACUGCUGCACGCUUAUGAAUCCAUCGCUUCCCCCCGCUGUGUCAUCUCAGGACCUUAGUCAAAAUCUUGAGAGCAGCACCAUUCAAAAGCAGAGGCAAGAACUCCAGCUGUUAAUCGCAGAACUGAAAGAUCGCGAUAAGGAGCUCAAUGACAUGGUUGUAGUGCAUCAGAGACAGUUGUUAGCUUGGGAGGAUGAUCGCCAGAAAAUACUAACAUUGGCAGAACGGUGUAGCCUGUUAGAAAAUGAACUGCUCAAGAGAAACGAGAUGAUAAGAACACUAACUAAAAGAUUAAAGCUCUUGGAAUCUCAGCAGAAUGACCGAAGGACAACUCUUGAAAGCACUCAACAGAAGCUUAAAGAGUUGUCUCAAAAAGCAGCAGAUACAACGCUUCAUUGCCAGGUCCUGGAGGAGAAAAAUCAGAGCCUCAACUGCUCAGUAUUGGAGCUGUCAGCUAAAAUUGGCCAGUUACAGGCUAGAGAACAGGAACUUGUUACUAUGCUAAAGCUAAAGGACAAAGAUAUACUUGAAGCAGGCAAUUAUAUUGCUGAGUUUACAUCCAAAUUUAAAAAGCUGGAGAAUGCAUUGCGUGCAGCAAAGGCAAAGGAAUCUAGUAUCAACAAAGAAAAGCAGGAUUUCAAGCUGAGCCUGAAAGAACUAAUGUUGGAAAUGAGUAAAUUGAAAGAGGACCUCAGUGAGAAGACGAAAGAAAAUAAUGAGCAGCGGGAAGAAGUCAUACGCCUCAAACAGGAGAAUGGCUACCUGAAGAAUGAGCUAAUGCUUAGCGUUGAGAAAGCAAACAGGAAGGAUCAGCUUCUUCAGUUUGCCAAGUCCAAACAAGUACGGACUGAUACAGAGCUGUCCAGUUUGCGGCAGAUCUAUGUAAAGCAGCAGCAUGAUUUGCAGUUUCUUCAUUUCAACUUGGAGAGUUCACAGGAAUUAAGGCAGAAACAUGAGAAAGAGGCAUGUGAAACAAGCAGACCAUUAUCAGCAGACCUUGAAAGUAACUGCGAGGAGGAUACAGUUAGGAGUGAGGGCCUAACUCAGAAGAUGCCUAAGGAAUACAGGACUACAGAGGCACAGAAAUGCAGACUAAGAACCAUCUGUAAUGUGUGCCUACCAGAAAAGGUGGUGGAUGUGUCAGCCAUAGAGGAAAGUACCUCAGCACGCUUACAUCGCCUUCAGAAAGGCUUAUUAGAGAGGCAGAAAGCUCUGUUUGUGGAGAAGGAGGAGGAGGAAAAGCAGGAUGCUUCAUCUAGGAGUGAUGAGCCAGAAAGCAGAACUCUGUCGAGCACCGACAGUACAAGGCCAGGGAGAAGCAAGGACACAUUUCAUACUUCACAAGAUGAUAGUUUUUUUAGAGGAAACCAGCAAACCUUUGAGGCCAGUCUACCUAUACAUGAGCACUGGCUCAGCUUCAGUUCCUGUUUGGUUUCUUCAAGUGCUUUGACCCAGCAUGCCAGCAAACCUGACAAAACUGAUUUCGAAUGUAAAGGUCAGAAAGAUACAGCUGGAAUUUCAUGUGGCUCAAAAAGCAGCGAGUCUCUUAGUACAGUGGACAUGUUUGAAUCUGGCUGCUAUCAUACAAACUCUGAUGUAGAUAAAGCUACCUGGUGUGAGCCAGUAACAGAUCUGGAAUGGAUACAGAUUUUCAAACCCAUAAAAGAUGAUGGGAAUGUAUGGCACAAGUCUGUUUGCAACUCUCCCAAGAUUGUACCUGAGAUACAAAGUACCAGCCUAAAAAGAGACUGUACUAGUGGUGACAGUGAAGAAAACGUGGAUAUGAAUGCCUUUUAUUUGGACUCCCCUUGCUGUUUGACAUCCACUCAAAAGGGAGAUGGGCCCCAGAGAUGUGAGAAAUUCUUUGAUGCAGACCUGCCAUUGGAUAUCAGUAACUUGUCAGUGAUUCAGCCAACAAAUAGGUGCUACAGUCCUACUGCCAGCCAAGCCAGUAAUACGCUUCAUCAGGACUCCUGUUCACCGACAAGCAGGCUGCAACGCUUGCUGGCUGAGUCUCGACAGAUGGUUGCCGAUCUGGAGCUUAGCCGCCUCCUCCACGAUAGCCCUGGUUGCACUCCCAACAGCAGUUGUGUUAAUACGGCUAUAGAAAUUACAGAAGCUCUUCGCAAAGCGCAACUGCCAGCUGCCGAAGAAAGCAAGUCCAAGCUUUCACUGUUUUCAUUAUGACCUUGAGUUGCUUUCCUGUUGUCUGGAAAGCAAGAAAAUGGCACCCUUUGGAAGGAACAUGGGAGACGUCCUGAUGCAUUGCCACAAGCUUUGAGAACUGAAGAUCGUCACCACGUAUGCACUACAGGAGACAAUUGCUUAACAUUUGCCUGUGCCUCUGAAGAGUACUGUAUUUGCAAGUUUCCCGGGUGCCAAAAAACUGUGACUGCAUGCUGGAAGCUAAUGUGUUUGUGAAGCAGAGCUCUGAAUUAUGCCAGCACAAACAACUCCCUUUGUGAAAUCCAUCCUCAGGUUAAGGGGUAGCUUACUGCCUAUAAGCAAGACUGUAAAAUAUGUAAUUGUU